AUGGCCGUCGUUCUACGAGUUAUCACUGCAGACACCGGAAAGCCUCGGUGCAGUACCCAGCCCGUGGCAUAUGUUCACGGCGGCGUACUGGCUGUGCGGGCGCACGAAAGGCUCUACAGCAAGGGCCCUGGCUUCAAUCGACUGUGGAUUUACCAGCAAGCGGACGGGUGA